CUACAACAAAGCAAGUUCGGUUAUGAUUACUAUUGAACAAUUGAAAUCAGACAAAUUAGAAGAGAUAGAACAGUUGGUACCACUUGUCCAUGAUCAUUUAUCAUCAUCAGCCACGAGGACAUUGUUACAGAACGCUGUUUUAUCGCCAUCUAGUUUUAUCUUUGUUGCCAAAACCAAUAACAAUAUGAUAGUGGGUACAGCAACCUUGGUAACGACAGCAUGUCUCACAGGUCUCCGGUCCCAUAUUGAAGAUGUAGUGGUGGAUCCAGCUUGGCGUUGUCAAGGGAUUGCUCAACAACUUAUAGAGACCGUCAUUACCUAUGCAAAAGAUUCACUUGAUGUCAGAACCAUAGAACUGACCAGCCGACCCGACCGUAUCGCUGCUAAUUCUCUUUACCAAAAACUGGGCUUUGUUCAACGACAUACCAAUUGUUAUAGUUAUCGAUAGUAGUAUAGAAAUUGUCAGUUAUGUAGCUUUGUGAAUAAAUAGAAUAUUACAUAUAUG